AUGGCCACUGGGGCCUCUUCAGCUUCUGUGGACUCGACCCUCUUUCCUCUCUGCACCUUCCUCCUCAGCAUCUACACCCUCGGCAUCUCGGCCGACGUCUUCAUCUCCUCCACCGCCCGUGUGGCCCACCGCCUGCACGUCUCCGAGACGCUCGUCUCGCUCCUCACCGCGGGAGCCGAGUGGGAAGAACUCGCCGUCGUGGUCGCCGCCGUUGCCCAGCGCCAGCCCAAAAUCGCCCUGGGAAAUGUCCUCGGAAGCUGCGUGGCCAACAUUUUUGGCGCGUUUUCGCUGGGCGUGUUGGCCCAGAGACAGCCCAUCGUCACCUACGAUGUCAGCGCCAAGAUCUAUGCCGUCGUCUUGUUCGGCGUCACCACGGCCGUUGCGGUCCUUUGGGGGUUUGGCCAGCUCCAAGCUCAUGUCUACGGGGCUGUCUUGGUGGUAGCGUUUGCGUUGUAUCUGGCGGGUAUCGGCUGGUCCAUCUAUCGGGGCGUCCUGGCUGCGCCUGUGGAAUCGGAUGCGGAAUCGGAUGCUGAUGGUUCGGAUUCGGAAUCUGAUGGGGAUCCAGAAGUGCAACCUGCAACUGUGGAUGGAAUUUCUCGUCAAGAAAACUCGGGGACUGAGGAGGUGGACGAGUCAAGUGCCUUGAUAGGUCGCAGGAGAAAGCGGCCUUCCACUCUUCUGUAUCUGGCCAGGCUGAUCCUCGCCUUCAUCGCGCUCUCCAUCAGCGGCUAUGUCCUCGCACACUCCUCCCACUCACUGGCGGCGAAAUUCAACAUCUCCGAAACCGUAUUUGGGGCCACGCUCUUGUCUUUGGCCACUACUUUACCAGAGAAGUUUGUCGCUGUCAUCAGCGGUUACCGAGGCCAUCCAGGAAUCAUGGUGGCCAACACGGUAGGAAGCAACAUCUUCUUGCUGACCCUGUGCCUCGGUGUUACCAUCUUGAGCUCAAAGAGUCUUGCCCAAGGCUCCAGCUACACGAACGAGAUCGUGUGGAGCUGGACGUCGUCGGCCUUCUUGACCGUCAUGAUCUUGCUCGGCACGCACCGCUUGGUUGGCUUGGCCAUGCUGCUCGCGUAUGUUGCAUUUAUAGUCCUUGAAUUUACACUGUACAAGCCUUGA